AUGGACGGCACAGCCAUGCGACAAGUAGCUAUCGACCAGGCUAAUCGGAUUUCGGCGGCGGUCGACGAACAGCCCGAUUCCAAAUCAUUUCGUCUGGACUCGGCACUUUCCCUUUCCGAAAAGGACCCAGGACUUCCUACUGUCAUGUCCCGAAAGGCCCUUUUAAGCCCGCUCCGUGAUGGCCAUGUCGUUAUUGUCACACCAGUUGCAUAUCUAGAGGAGAACCCCCGAGCCGUCCCAGUGUCUGCAAAUGAUGCCGUGCUUGCAUUGACGAAGGAAUUCGCGGGAUUGUCCACGGUUCCUGAUCCCGAUGAAGACCCUGCUUUCACUGCGGAACGAAUCGAUGCCCUGCAAAAGGAAGUCUCACUAGACCGAGUGAUUCUUUUACAUCCUCUCGGUGGCAUUCCUGCCUUCAGGGGACCCCAGUCAUCUCAUGUCUUCAUCAACAUGGAGCAAGAAUUCGAUGAAAUCGAAGAAGAAUUGACCGAGACUCGAGAAUCAAUCGCCGGAAACGCGAAGGUGACAGCGCCCCGUGAGGACAUAGGACCUGCAUCUGCUUUAUUAGACAGCAACCCAUUCUCAAAAUUCGUCAAUGCAGACGUAAUCUCGCCUCUUCCCGGGCAAUCCAACCAGCUGCCGGGCGCGGAGGCGAUGUCGGUUCUUCUGGAUGGUCAUUUGGAAAACCUCCGCCUAUCACAACAAACUCUCGCAAUGCUGCCAUCCGCCUCCUCUGGCAUCAUUGCGUCUCCUCACGAAAUAUCUAACUCAGCUCGAUCCCCCCCAGAGUGCCCCGUCGGACCUGUCUGCUGUUGGAACUCGGCGCCAGCGCAAUCCUCUCAUUCACAAUCUUCUCACUGA